AUAAACAAAAAAAAAUCAAUUCAAAUUAAAUUUUGUAUUAUUGAAUUAAAAAAUUAAUUAAACUAGUGAAAAUGAAUAGUCAGUCGCGCCGAGAGUUGGAAUUUCUUCAAGAGCAGGCACUGUUAUUAGAGAAGAACUCAGUAUCUUUAACUCAAAUUACGCCAAAAAAUAAUAAUAAUAAUAAUGGAACUAAGCAGCAAAAUUCAAUAACUCCUAGUGUCAAUAUAACGCCGAAUGUUAACAUUACACCUAGCAUACAGCAACCAACAUCACCAGCAUCUAAUCUUUCUAAAUACUCUCAAUUAUUGAUGGUGAUUGAAGAAAUGUCCAAAGAUAUUCGACCAACAUACAGCGGAUCUAGAUCAUCUGCUGAACGAUUGAAAAGAACAAUAGUAACAGCAAGAAUCUUGGUCAGAGAAUGUUUAUUGGAAACGGAGCGGCAACAAAGUGGACGUUAAACUGCAAUAAUCAUACAAUAUAUAAAAAAUUUCAUAAACUUAUUGCCUGAAAAAAGAUUCUCAAAAUAUAUAUUAAGAGAAGAUGGAAUCUUGUACCGCAC